AUGAAUGUGAAAACAUCCGUCGUACAUUUCAAUAUCAAUCAGCAAUGUCUUAUACAGUAUGUUACCGUGUACAAUGAUCGUGCUGAAGUCACACGUUCUGUAAGUCACCAUUUUGACAACGAAGGUACUCAUGAUUUGGUCUUUGCUGACUUUUCUCCAUCGGCUGAUUUAACAUCAUUUCAUGUCAGCGGUGGAACGGGAAAAGCAUGUACAAUUCUGGAAGUGUCCCAUCAAGUUUGUCAAGAGAAUACAGUACCGAGCAGCAGCUUAACUCUGUUGGAUCAAUUACAAAAUGAAUUAGACCAAAUUCAAGAAGAUAUUGGCAAAUAUCAACAAGAAUUAACGCGACUCGGUAAACAACGAACAUGGCUCGAUGGGCGUGCGUCAGCGUUGAUGAAUCAGGAUGGACGAGUGAAUGUGAAUAAUCUCGAUUCGAUGCAGCAAUUUCUGGAGUUUUACGAUGAACGAUUGUCGAAAUUGGACGAUGAAACAACGAGUGUAGAGAAGCUACUCGAAGAUCUAAUACAGCGACGAAAUGCUCUCCAAACACAGAUAAAUGAACAUGCUGCUGAAGGACAAGACAAUCGUCGUAAAACCAAACGAGAAGUGACUAUUACUGUUCAUGUAUCGAGCAGUCCGAUCGACAUUGCAUUAGAGAUAUCCUAUUUGAUUAGUAAUUGUUCAUGGACCGCCAGUUAUGACGUUCGUGUCAACAGUGCUGAAACAGCACAAUAUCAAACACAACUGACCUAUUACGGGAUUGUUAUUAAUCAAAGUCAAGAAAAUUGGUCCAAUGUGCAUCUAUCGCUUUCAACGGCGAUGCCAUCACUCGGAGGUGUCUCCCCCAAACUAAGGACUCUUGUAGUGAACUACAAAGUAUUCAACAAUUAUCGUCGACGAGCAUCAAGUUCAGAUGCGCCAACAAAUUGUUUAAGAUCCGGCGUGAAGAAGAACAAGAAAUCACUUAAAGUUUCAAAACGACGUUCGCCAGCACUUAAACACCCAACGAGUGAAGAUGAUUCUGACAGUGAAUCAUCUCAUUCGGUCAAUGUUCUGACUACGCGAACUGAAGCAAGUAUGUCUAGCACAAGUUUUACAAUUCUUCGGCCAGCAACCAUCGAUGCUGAUGGUAAACGACACAAAGUGACAAUUGAUGUCCUGGACUUGACAUCGACGUUUACUUAUACAGUAGUGCCCAAAUCAUCGACACAUGCUUUUCUUAAGGCAUCAACUACGAAUACGUCCGACAAACAAUUGCUAGCUGGGCCAGUAUCCGUUUUUAUGAAUAAUAAUUUCAUUACGCAUAGUUCCAUUGAUAGUAUUUGUUCCGGUGAUACGUUCGAUCUACCAUUGGGUGCUGAUGCAAGCGUGAAAGUAACGUACAAACCAGUGAAACAAGUCAACGAUGUACAAGGGCUUCUUUCCAAAGUGAAUAUUGAACAUGUUCGUCUAGAAACACAUCUAGUCAACACAAAAUCAUCGGAAGUGAUAAUCUUUGUUCACGAACAGGUUCCCCUCUCGUCGAAUGAAAGAGUCAAAGUCAAAAUAUUGACACCUGACCUACGACUAAAAGACCAAGGUUUCAAUCGUACUGUUAAAUUGAAUGAUGCUAAUAAUUUAGAAUGGAAAUGCAUUUUACCCUCACAUGGCGAAUGUAGUUUACCAUUGGAAUAUACAGUUGAAUGGCCAAUGUAUACCCGAGUAGAAUAUCUAAACGUUGAAUAA